UGGCUUCAGUCAGCUCUCGGGCGCUUUGCGAGUAACAACUUGCUCUCCGUGGAGGGAUCAAACGUUUCACGACGAAAAUAAAAAGCAUUAAAAAAAUUCUCCAUCUCCGGAAUACGAUAAAUAUCGUGAGCUAGAGGCUGAGAGCUGUUGAAUAACGCGAGUAAUAAGUAAAUUGGGAGUUGUGUCGAUUUUCCUUGUCACGUCGACGAUAAAACGGUGGCUUUUAGUUAAUUUAAUGAACAAAUCCUCAUUCUCGGUGCUGAGAGUAGGGAUUCAGACGUGAAGUUGUAUAUCUGGUUAAUUGUGGUUUAAUGACAAACAAAUGGUAACCGCACGACAAUACUCAACGAUAGUGGCAGUUUUGUACCAGUUUGUGAACAAAUAGUUGAUUAUCAAUUAUUACGAAUCGACGUUUCUUAUUUUUAACCUUUGAUCUCUGUGAGUCAAGCCCCCUCAACGUCACGCAUUACAACGAGUGUUAUUGCUGUAUCGGGACAAAGGAAGUGAGACGAACUUUUAUUGUAGGUUUUUUUUUGUUGGAAAAUCAAGUGGUUCUGUGCGUUUUAUUCUGUUGAUCUUUUUUUUUUUAAUUUGGAGUCAACAUGUCCACCGCCGUCAUGAGCACACCUAUGUUCGAGUGCACUGAGCAUUUGUUCAAGAACACUGGACAAUCGAAACCAAAGGAGUCCAACCAUGCUGGUCACACUCCCCUCCGUCGUAGCUACACCUCCCUGGUGACCCUCAUCGAGCAACAUCGUAAACUCGAUCGCAGCGUUAGUGAGCCAACAUCUCGCUACAAGACAGAGCUCUGUCGUCCAUUCGAGGAGUCCGGUGCCUGUAAAUACGGUGACAAGUGUCAAUUUGCUCAUGGUUACAGUGAACUGCGUAAUUUGGCACGUCAUCCAAAGUACAAGACCGAAUUGUGUCGCACAUUUCACACAAUAGGCUUCUGCCCAUACGGUCCACGCUGUCACUUUAUCCACAACUUUGAGGAAGCGAGGAUGCACAAUCAGAAGGUGAGCGCACAGUUGGGCAGUACACAGCCAAAUAUAAUGGGUCUGAGUCCACUUCUGAGUGCAAGUGCAGCAGCAGCAAGCAUCAAUAUGAAUAUAUCCCUGCUGGAGCAGAUCACAGCUCCGCAGGUGAUGAGCAAUCCUCCACCCCUGAUAAGGGCAAACUCUCUGAGCAUAGGCACACACCAGACAUUUACAAAUCCACCGCUACUCAGAACAACAUCGUUGAGCCUGACAACACCACAGUCUCACAAUCUCCACAAUGUUCAUCACAAUUCGGUUAUCGGCGCAGCAAGACCCAAACCAUUGAAUCUGAGCCCAACAUUCUCACUUGGCAGUACAGCUGACUCAGUGUCGCCAUCCUCAAGUCUCAGUCAAUCGCCGACAAAUUCAAUGGCUAGUUUCUUCAGCGAUGAUUGCUCAUCAGCACCAACUACAGCCUUCAGCUUUGGCCAGGACUUUGGAUUACUCCAGACGAGGCACACACCGAGCCCACCGAGUGGCAACAGCCCAAUAUCUGAUGAUCUUGCACCGAGAACACCGUCUCCAUUGUCACCCAAUGCUGAGUCUAGGCUUCCUGUCUUCAACAGGAUCAGCAGUGUCAUCGGGGACUUCGAGGGUCUCAAGAUCUAGAGGUCUGUUUGACGGAGAAUUUCAAGGUUGACACCCUUUCUUCAUUGCUCUUGAUUCUUGAAGGAUUCAACAGCGAAGCUGCACAACACCGGAGAUUAUUGUGCUUUUAUCUCGAGAACGAGUGGUCGCAGCGAAAAAUCUGUUGAGAACUUUUUUGUAGAUCAGGAAAUUUCCGGUGAAAAAGGUCCUGACACUUUUUUACGUACGGCGACUCGUUCCGGAGAUAAUUUGAGAUUUACGAGUUUGGCUUUUGCAAUUUCGCUGGUGAAUGCAUUCGUCAACGAUUUAUCAUCGUUCAUCGUUUGAUUUUUUGUAAAGACAGUGUGACCCGGUAGUUUUAGAAUUAUUAUUUACAUUAUUUUUUUUUUCGUGAUUCAGCGACAAUCACGAGCAGGUGAGACGUUGCAAUAUUCCAAAAUAAAUUGGGAAGACGAUUACCGGAUUUACUCGUCUUCCCACGAGCUAUUUGAAAAUAUCUCAGUUUUUCUUUCUUUCAUUUCUUUAAUAUUUCAAAGUGAUAAUGAUGGAGUUGUCGAGCUGUCGAUGAUUUAUUAUCAAAGAUUGGGUGAUGACGUGUGCGAUAAUUGUGAGCGAGAGUAAUCAUUACUGAGGUUUAGAGUCUAGGGUAGAUUUUACCGGCUAAUUUAGUAACUUUAACUGUCUUCCAAUGGUUUAUUAAUAUUUUUUUUUUGCUUAGUGAGAAUGAAUGUGAUUAAAAUUAUGAGAACGAGGCAGAAUGGACGCGAUGGAUUUUUAAAAAGACGAGAAUUAACUCGGAAGUUACUUCAUUUGAUGAUUUUUUUCUCGGCUCUUUUAAGGCUUCACUUUUCCAUUUGUUGACAAAUUGAGCUUUUUAAAAAUCAGUAACGCACAUUCGAGGGAACGUUUGGGUUUCAAGUGAAAAAACGAAGAGCAAAGGAAAUUUCAAAACUCAUUGAAAUAUCACUUUUUCUCGUUGUUCUUUCCCUUUAGUUUAACAAUGAUGAAUUUAAUGGAAAAUGGGGGAAAAAAAAACAAAAAUGUGAUAUGUAACUAUUUGCAAUAGAAAUAUUUACGAUUA